AAAUGCUGAACGCGCUCAGGGAAUGUCGAUGAAGAUAAAACAAAAGUUAUGAAUAUGAUUGAAGACUAUCACGCACUGAAGAUACUAUAAAAAAGAAAGACGCAGAUGCUGUCAUCAUUCGACUUAAUUGCCGUUGCGCAGUCACUAAGCUAACCCCCACAGUCAAGAUGAUGAAGUGCAUCGCUCUCCUCCUGGCCCUCGCCGCCGUCGCCUACGCCGCCCCAGGCCUGAAGGGAUAUCCAGUUGGCUACGGCAGUGGCAUCGGUCGCAUUGGUGGCUUCGGCAUCGGCAAAGGUUUCGGCGGCUUCGGCGGUCUCGGCUACGGAGGCAUCGGCGGUUUCGGCAAGGGCUUUGGCUACGGAGGUAUCGGCGGCUUUGGCAAGGGCAUCGGAUACGGUGGUAUUGGUGGCUUCGGCAAGGGCUUUGGCUUCGGUGGCUUUGGCCGUCUUGGUGGUCUCGGAGGUUACGGUGGACUUGGUUACGGCAAGGGAAUUGGCUUCGGCAAAAUUGGUCUCCUUGGUUAAAUCUGUUAAAUUUGCGGUCGAGUGAGGACCGAUCGUCCGGACUCUUGACGAAUACCCUUUUGUGAGUCCUGCUGGAGUUGCAUCCAUCAUUUCUAAUAACACAUAUACCAUAUCUUUUUGGGGCCUAAGGACGUCCAGGC